AUGAUGAAGACAACAAAGCGCGGUCGUCCCUUCCUCAAGGACACGCUGGAUCUCUUCGCAACCCUCGUAGUCUCCCUCCAGCUCACAACCCACAAGCAAUUCUUCCGUUCAUAUCCCAACUCAUUUACGACCGAUGAGGCUGCUAUCAAUCUUGCAUCCCUCAAGUUUUCACAGUCCAAUCGCGGGCCGGACCCCAGGGAACCCUCCAGAGUGAUUACUACGACCACCACGACCACCUUUUCGAUGACCCGCGAUAUGGCAAAGGCGAUGAGCCAACACUUCAUGGACGCCCGUCUCAUCGAAAAUGCUGCCGACCCCUCCUCCAACCUGUUCAAAGAACGCGGCGUGUACGUUCUCACGCCCAAGGGUCUCCAUGUUCUCGAGCGAUUCAUCAGCCGGAAUGGGAUCAAUGGCGACCAUCUUGCCCACGUCUUCGCGACCCAACCCAUCUGCAUGAAGCUUCUGCAUCUCGAGCGACGGUCUGUUGAUGACGAGAUCAUUGUUUCACAGUCUGUCAUCACCGCCCUAUUCCGACGCUUCGUCGGCCGGUCUGCGAAUUACCCUCCACAGACUGCGCAACCUCUGGAUGUCAGCCAGGCGUAUCACGAACGCUCAAAGGGCAUUCAGCUCAUGGAUGUUCAGGAUCGGGGGAUGGUUGCUGGCAGGACCCAGUCUGUCGUUCAGAAGUACUGCUUCCCGGCGUUGGCUGCACUCGAAUGGCUCUGCGAUUUCACAUCGGUGGUAGGAAGGGAAGAAGCCGCAGAGAUGGCGGCACAGUUCGUUCGCUUCGGCCUGAUCACGUUGGUCUCCGACAAGAGGAAGAACAACGAUUCCGCCAUUAUUUUCACUGUCCGCGGAUCUGCACCUGGCGGCAACUCCCCGGUCACUCAAACGGGUGAAUUCCGUUGCACGGCGAAGGCCAUCUAUAAGAUCACAGACGAAGGUAUCCGCACAGCCCGUUGGGACAGCCGUGGCCAGCAACGUGAUUCGCCAAACAGCUCGACGGCCAAUCUUGUUCCUCAGGAACGUUCGUCGUCGGAUGGAGGAAAGGAGAGCAAAGUUCCCCACGCGCCCAGUGACGCCAAGAUUCACCGUCGUAUCUCGCUCGCGGAGAAGCUGAACGCUCACGACCACGAGAAGCGGCACGGGAAGGAGAGCAACACGGAGCGGCUGAAGUUUAUCAUUGACCAACCUCCACUUCGUUCUUUGUUCCGCGAGUUCCUGCGGGACAAUUUCUGCGAGGAGAACCUGUCGUUCUGGCUCGAGGUCGAGGAUUUCAAGCGGAAGUUUAACAUCACGUCGUCUGCCUCCUCCACGCAGCGACCCCUGACCGGCACCGGGAAGAGCAACACGCCAGGGCAGCAGGCUAUGGAGCAGCAUCACGAGGCUCUGAUCAACCAGGCAUACCUCAUCUAUACGACGUACCUCGCCCCGUCAAGUCAAUGCGAGCUCAACAUCGAUCAUGGUCUUCGCAACGAGCUGUCAGGGUACCUUAGCGAGGUGAUGGCCGGCCUCACUGGCACUCCGUUCCAAGGUCGUCUCGAACCAGAGCAGCUCAGCGCCUUUAACGCCACGCAAUUGCAGACUAUGAUCCGUCUUUAUGAACGGAUACAGACCCAUGUUUUCCGCUUAAUGGCGACAGACUCAGUGCCAAAGUUCACAAAGACUCCGAGGUUUGUAGUCAUGCGCAACCAGAACGAGGAUUACGAUUUCCUAGACAGCGACCUUCAGUACAUGUCAAACUCUGGGCCGGCAGUUCCUCCAGGCCUUGACCCCGAGGCAGAGGAGAUAGGUGGUGCAUAUGUGACCGUCUCGCAGCAAGCCAGUGAGGCACGGCCACGGCCGAGGGAUCCACAGCGGGAACAGCUUGUGUGGAACGAAAAGUCAUGA